CACAAGUGUUGGUAUAGUUGUUAAAGUCAUCAAAACCCCGAAAAGCUCAGCACCUCGCGAUCCUCCCAGCACUACUACUACAGCCCCAGUGUCUUCACUCCUCAUACCGGUACUCCACGGCCCCUGUCGUGAAAUAUCGGCCCUUUGGUCGCCACCACAACCAAGUCGUAGGUCGUAAACAGGAUUUUCACAUAUUCCAGCGCACGCAAGUACAUCGUGCUGUUGCGGCCAGACUUGAUCACUGCUCAUACCUACUGCUAUCUUCCCAAAAAAAAAAUAAGACUUCAACUAGGAUAUACCGUCACCGAAAGUGAUGCUUGUGAACGUUCACGAUCUCCGUUGCUGGAUCCACUAGCCCACUCAUGAGCCUGUUGCAGUUGUCUGAAACGCCGGUUUGUGUCGACCAUGGCGAAGAUAUCAAGCCUAUUCUAAGGAUCAGCCGUUGGAGGCAUGAGAACGGGUCUCGUGCUUGGCCUGGACGGCGCCGGCAAAACGCUGCUGCUCCGACAACUCAUGGCGCAAGUCGUGCGGAAGCAGAAAACCGUGAUGGAGCGAAUUGUAGCAUUCGCCUCAAACCCCUGUAGUACCUGCAGCUAUAGCCCAGACAAAGACGAAGAAUCCAAAGACGGAGAAUAUGUCGUUGAUCCAAACACGCAACCGAGUGUGGGCGUCGAACACUGGUCGCUACCACUCGAUGGAGGGAAGGCCUGCACACUGAGAGAGGUCGGUGGACAACUGCUGCCAAUGUGGCCGUCGUACUUCGAGUCCUGUCACUUUUGGCUUUUCCUGGUCGACGCCAGCAACGCCACUCAGUUAGCAGCCGCAGCAAUCGAGUUCUUUUCCAUCCUGAGUGUAGACGAAAUGAAGUACAAGCCCAAGCUAUUGGUGAUCAACCAGAUCGAUGCCAGCUUUGUGAUCGACGACACUAUUUUACAGACGUAUCUAUGUCUUGACCGCCUGAUGAGUGAACCAGAUAGCGGCCCGAUACAGAUCAUCAAAGCCAGUGCGCUAACGGGGGAGAACGUCGCACAGAUCCUCAAGUGGCUUAGCCACGCUGCGAGUAGUGGUCUCUUUUCAGGAAACAAUCCUAGCAUUGGACUUACUGGGCUCAGUGGGUUUAGCGGUCGUUAUCGGACGGUUGGACGGCAGAACUCGGCUAGCGAUAUGCGCGUACAUCCCGUAGCGGAGUAGCCAACGAACAUAGCGAUAAAAUGCGACGGUCAUGUAUUAUUCAUUAGUUCCUCUCGCCUUCGUGACAGUAAGGGUAUUCAUCAGCG